UGAUGGUCAUGGCCUUCGUGCUCGUCCUGUCGCUGUACCAGAGCGUGCGGGAGCGAGAGAUGCCCGAGUUCUACCAGGGAGCCGAGCUGGUGGUGAGGGCCUCGGUCUUAUAUAAGCUUUCGGUGCACAUGUCUGCCAGCAUCCCGAGCACUCACCGCGCCCCUCCCUUGCAGCACCGCCACAUCUGGCUCUCGCAGAAAGGAAAGUACUACGAAUAA